UGUGCGUUAAUCGUGCACAAAGUAGAGGACUUUGUGCCUUAAUCGUGCAAAAAGUUGGAGACUUUGUGCCUUAAUCGUGCAAAAAGUCGGGGACUUUGUGCACAAAGUCGGGGACUUUGUGUCUUAAUCGUGCACAAAGUGGGGGACUUUGUGCGUUAAGUGCAUAAAGUAGAGGGCUUUAUGGGUCAGUUGAAGCACAAAGUAGGGGGUUUUAUGCGUCAGUGCGCAGAUCUAGCUAGAGAGUGGGGGUUUUGUAUGCUGUCCUUGUUGUUGUUAUCCUGUCGUUGCUGUUGUUGUCUGUUGCUUUUGUGGGGACUAUUGCUGUUCAACAGACCCGUCGAUCUUUUGCUUUUGUCCUCGCUGCCGCCGAGUUUCGGCCGACCACGACUGGAGAGAGCCUCCCACCAACGAAUUCCAGUGGCAGACGCGUUUCACAACCCAGACACGUUUGUGUUCGAAAGGUGGACUGAAAGAGCCACUGAAAGAGCCACCAAUGACACGGACGGCCAUGCCGAGACAAUGCUGCUGGGGGUGCCAAGAACAACAGCUCACAAGCUCACAAGCGCCAAAGCCAAAAAGCAACUAAAACACAAACUGCAUCUAAACAACAAACCGCAUCUAUAAAACAAACAGCAAGCAGCAACAAUGAACACAUCCAACAUCCUGCGAGAAUCCGAUGAAACCAAGGCGUUCAACGCUAUGAUCGAUCAUCUUUGCAACGAACAAAUGGAAAAGAUCGAGUCCAUGAAACUGCAGCAGCUCGAGGCCAUGGCUCGCCGGUUGGCAUACGAUGACGCCAAGGAGUUGUGCCAGGAGGAACGGGAAGAAGAGCAAUCCAAGCUGGAACAACUCAGGCAAGAGCAGUCCGCACCACUUCAGGAACCCCAGGAAGCAACAGAACCAACCCUCGCCCCACCCAAAGAAAUCCCACAGCUGUCUCCACCGCUACCCAAAGGAUCCAUCAAGAAGGGAAAUGCUGAAGCCCGCAAGAAUUUCCUGAAUGCCAUGGCAUUCUUUGAACCAGCCAAAAAGGAAGAGAUGGAGAAGAAAACAGUGACGUGGGGCGGGAUUGAAAUUGUAGAAGCACUGCCAUUACCUUCUGUGGAAGAAGAGCAGGUGGCUGCUGCCGAAGUCAAGGAAGCCAAACGCCGUGAAAAGACUGAGGUUGUACUGCACCAAACGGAUGAGAUGAAGCGCCGCGCAGCCAUGGCCAAGGAAUUGGCCGACAUGAAAGCUCGGCGCUUUCGAAAAAUUGGCAAGAUGUCUGCAUAAUGCUAAUGUACUUUCAUUCGUUUAUUACGUUAGUAGAGGCACCUUUCACAAGGUCAUUUUUACCAAAGACAAAGCGGUCAAUUGGUUCAUAUCAUAUUCAUAUGCAUUGUA